AUGGAGAAUGUGAGGAGCAAGGGAAAGCAGCUCGAGGAGGGUGAGGAGCAAGGGAAAGCAGAUCUAGAAGGUGAGGCCCAAGAGAAGGAGGAUUUGGAAGGUGAGGAGCAAGGGAAAGUGGAUCUGGAAAAUGAGGAGCAAGGAAAAGCGGAUCUAGAAGGUGAGGAGCAAAGGAAGGUGGGUGGAGAAGGUGAGGAGCAAGGGAAAGCGGAUCUAGAAGGUGAGGCC